CACAAAUUCCCCACAUUCCAAUUCUAAAUUCAUUGAAUCUUGAGUUUUCUAUUCAGUUCCGUUAUUGUAUUUUUUACUUUAGUCUUUAAAUUAUUUUUAAAAUAGCUUUCCUUUUUCAUUAUCUUUCUUCACCUUUCAGUUGAUCACCGGCGUCAAAAAUAGAAAUAGAUCAAUAAAAGUAAAAAAGGUUAUACAUUAAAACUGACAAAUUUGUCGUCACUUUAAGAAUAUGUACCAUGAUACAGUCGGAUUCUUAAUUCUCUUUUUAUACGUACAGUAUGAUAAAUAAUGAUAUUCUCCUCUCCCUCUUUUUCCCAUGUUUCUAUUUUAAGGAAUAUGAGAUACAAAGAAGAAGAAUAAAAUGUGAUAAAAGAUUUGUAUCAUCUUUUAUGUUUUGAUAUGAUAAAUUUGCAAUACAUCAUGGUAGAAUUUUUUUUUAAUUUUUGAAGAAAAUGUUGGAGAAAAUGCAAGAAAGAGUAGAGGUUGAGGAGGUUGUGGAAGAAUUCGAGUUAUUAACAAAGGAUGCAGGGAGAGUUCAGAGGGAAACGCUGAAGAAAAUCUUGGAGCAAAAUGGUGCAACUGAGUAUCUCUCUCAAUGGGGUCUCAACGGAAGAACUGAUCCAGACACCUACAAGGCUUGUGUCCCCGUCGUCACUCAUGCCGAUAUCGAGCCCUAUAUUCGACGGAUUGCCGAUGCCGGAAUCCUCCAUAACUCAUCCAUCAUCACCGCCAAACCCAUCCCCGCCAUGUCCUUGAGUUCGGGCACUACUCAAGGGAAGCCAAAGUACCUACCAUUCAACGAUGAUUUGGUCGAGAACACAGUGCAAGUUUAUAAGACCUCGUUUGCCUUCAGAAACAGAGAAUACCCAAUCGACAACGGAAAAGCGCUCCAAUUCAUCUACAGCAGCAAGCAAUUCACCACCAAAGGCGGCCUCCGAGCCGGCACCGCCACCACUCACCUCUUCAGCAGCCCCGAUUUCAAACAGACGCUGCGCGCAACGCAGCGCCCGUGCUGCAGCCCGGACGAAGUCAUCUUCGGCGGCAACUACCAUCACUCCUUAUACUGCCACCUCCUCUGCGGCCUCCUCUACCGCGACCACAUCCAGCUCAUCUCCUCCACCUUCGCCCACAGCAUCGUCCACGCCUUCCGCACCUUCGAGCACAUCUGGCCCCACCUCGUCGCCGACAUCCGGCGCGGCUCCCUAAGCAGCCGCAUCACCUCCGCCCCGAUCCAAUCCGCCAUGGCGAAGCUCCUCCUCAAGCCCGACCCUAAUCUCGCCGACGCCAUCCACCAAAAAUGCCUAACCCUCAGCAAUUGGUACGGAUUGAUCCCGGCGCUGUUCCCUAAUGCGAAGUAUAUCUACGGCAUCAUGACCGGCUCCAUGGAGCCCUACAUCAACAAACUGAGGCACUACGCGGGAGAAAUUCCAUUAGUCAGCGCCGAUUACGGAGCUUCUGAGGGUUGGAUCGGAGUGAACGUCAACCCUAAAUCACCGCCGGAGGAGGCGACAUUUGCGGUGGUUCCGAACGUCGGCUAUUUCGAAUUCAUCCCGUUGGAUUCAGGCGGAGAAGCGGUGGGGCUGACAGAGGUGGAGAUCGGGAAGGAGUACGAGGUGGUGACAACGAGCUUCGCGGGAUUGUACCGUUACAAGCUGGGCGACGUGGUGAGGGUGGAGGGAUUCCGCAACGGGACUCCGGAGGUGAGAUUCGUGUGCCGGAGGAACGUGGUGCUGAGCAUAAACUUGGACAAGAACACGGAGAGGGAUCUGCAGGUGUCAGUGGAGGCGGCAGCUAAGGUGGCGGCAGCGGAGAAGGUGGAGGUGGUGGACUACACGAGCUGUGUGGAGGCGUCAGCAGAGCCAGCGAGGUACGUGGUGUUCUGGGAGAUGAGCGGAGGGGCGAGCGACGAGGUGGUGGAGGAGUGUUGCAAUUGCUUGGAUCGGUCGUUCGUGGACGCGGGGUAUGUGAGCAUGAGGAGGAUAAAUGGGAUUGGGGCGCUGGAGCUGAGGAUAUUGAAGAGGGGAACGUUCCAGAAGGUUAUGGAUCACUUUGUGGGAAUGGGAGGAGCGGUCAGCCAGUUCAAGACGCCGCGUUGCGUUGGCCCUGCUAAUGGGAAGCUCAUGCAGAUAUUGGCUGCCAAUGUUGUCAAGACUUGUUUCAGCACUGCCUAUUGAUUUUCACUUACAGUAUGUGUGCAUGUGUUACUAUAAUUACUCCUUGUUAAAUUGUGUUUGUGUUCGUAGAUGUAUGUCAUGUCAUGGUCACCCUACAAGUUUAAAAUAAGUUUCACCUUUCAAAUUAAAAUUGUUUAGACGCAUGCCUAUGUUUUGGGAGGCUAAAAUCCCAUGUAGGUUCAUAUGGGUACUCAAAACUGUUCUCUUCUUUUACAAAUGGCUGAGAAUGCAGUCCAUCAUCGUCGCUUCUAGCA